GUAGAGAAUUUCCCCCUACAUGAUGCCAAAUCAUUGGCAUUUCGCUUAGUCCAAUAUGUAACGCAUAAAAUCGCACUACUACCACACUCUGAGAGGUCCUCCCUCCUCCUCUUUAUCCCCCAAAACACACACUCAUAAACCAACUUUUCUUCUAUCUCAACCUCCCUCCCCACACACAACAACAUACAUGGCCUCCACUUGCAUAUCCAGCUGCGUCGAAGACGCCCGUGUGCCCGUCAGAGCAACGUAUGUCAACCUCUACAAGUGGCCGGAAUCCGACUUCGAGUUCGUCCGCUCCAUGAGCUCUAAAGCGCGGAAAGACGGGCAGAAUCCCAUGUACGGCCACCCCAGGGUGGUGGACAGCUUCUCCUGCAGGCAGUUGUAUUUGAGAAGCUACACUUUUUCCAGGGAGGAAGAUCAUAGGGAUGAGAAGACCAUAAAGUGCCUCGGCAGGGGGAGAGAGAAGCCGGCGGACGCUGGUUCUAGAAAGAGAAAGUCCGCCGGAGAUGGUGGCGCGAGGAACUGCCCGGGGCGGAGGAAGGGUAAGUCGGUGCCUUGCUCCGCCUUGGCCUCCAUUUUCCGGCGGCUGCUGUCGUGUACCACCAAGAUCGAUGUUGUCAAUUGAUGGUAUAUGUAUAUGGUGAUGAUAUUCUUGUUUUCUGAUUUUAUGUUUUAUUUUUACCUUUAAUUUUC